AUGAUCAAGCGCUUCCUUCUCUUCGUGCUCUUGCUCAGUCCGGGUGCUAUCAGUGACGCUUUCCUGGCUCUUACGGCCAGCACGGUGCCUGAUGGCACUAUCCCCGUCCAAAAGCUGGCUACGAAUUCGAAGGCGCGCGGAAAACAAGCGCUGAAACCAAGCGAAGACAUGACUGCUGCUGUUGGUGAAGAACGGGCGCCAGAUUUUUUUCCUGGGUUGGAGGAGCAUUUGAAGGCGGCUUCGGAGAAGAUGCACGACUGGAUUGGUUGGAUGGCGAGGAAGUCUGCAUUUUGGGAGAAAGCGGAGUCUGCCCCGACGGGGGAGGGGGAGGCCUUGAGUAAGGUUGAUGAGGUUUUGCCUGAGGAGGAGGCUGUGAGGAAGGUCGAUAAGGCUUUGCAGAAGGUGAACGAUGUCUAG